UUCCAGUUCAAAUUUCCAACUUUUUUGCCCCACCCAUUUCGAUUUUCCCUCAAAGUUCGAUGCUUUGCUGCGUUUCAACCACACCCACCUUGUCAUUUUCUCACAAUGCAUGAUUGAUUCAUAGCUGAAGGCUUAGUUCUUGACACGCUGUGUUGUAUGUGUUUUUUCUUACUGGGUAUAAAGGCAUAGUAAUGCUUUUUACACUAUACCAUACCCAAUAAAAGAGAAGAUCAUUAAAGUCUUAAUAAAUUGAGGCAUGGAAAUGGAGACUGACGACAUGAGAGUCCUUUUGUAGACCGUCUAUAGACGUAUGGGAGGUUUAUUACAUUUGUUUGAGUUCAAUCAGGGGAGGAUGGCCAAGAAAGUUCAUGCUCAUAAAAGACAUCAGGGUGGCCUGGAAGCUCCCCGGAAUAGCCUGGAUCUGCAAUUAGAAACAUCUCAGUACCACUGUCCAGAAGGAGAAUUACCAAUAGCAUAUGACUAUCAAGUAGAAGAAGACUGGUCAGAGAACAUUCACUGUGGAAAUAUGGGUUCGAUGAAAAAACUUAUCAAUGAGGAGCUAUCCAAACGCUCAACCACCAAGCAAAAUGCACCAAGCCUCGUGGCAAGGUUGAUGGGGAUUGAUACGAUGCCACCAGACACAAAAUCUGUUGUUCCAUUAGAAAGAACUAGUGAAAUUAUGGGGACAAAGUUUUCAAAGAGGGAAAUGAAUGGAAGGGAUUCGGUUAGUCGGGGCUAUUAUAAUUUCAAUUCUUCUAGUGAAAUGGAAUUAGAUUCAUUUUAUGGAGGCAUAGAUGAUGAUGAUGGGUGGAGCCAAAGUUUCGGAAAACCAAGGCCACGGGAGCAUCCUCAAGAAGAGGAACUCCAGAAAUUUAAGAAAGAGUUUGAAGCGUAUCAAGCAGCACGGUUUCUGGAGUGCUCAAAGGUUGCCGAAAUCGAUAGUAUUCCUAGACGAUUGCUUCCUCAAGAGAACCUGAACAAGGAAAAUUUGACACAUGAUACAAGUUCACACAGAACAACCAUGGAGAAACUUGCAGAACUUGAUAGCCACUUGCUCAAAUCAGAGCUACCCGACAUUGGUGGUCCUGAAUAUGGUGAUGAAGUGAUGGAGUUAAUCCCAGCUAUGCAAAAGAAAUCCUUUCCUUCAAGGAGUAGAACACUAAGUAGAGAUUUUGAGGAGUCCUUGAUAAUGAAAUCUUAUCACAAAUUUGAUAGAUCUUCUUCUCCGACUCGGAUAGUUGUCUUGAAGCCUGGCCUUGAUAGCAUUUGCAAUCAUGAAGACAGUUGGACUGGUUCAUCUGGCACUUUACAAGGCAGAAACAGUAUAGCAGAUUUUCUUGAGGAGGUCAAAGAGCGAUUGAAAAGUGAACUACAAGGGAGAACUGUCAAGAAGGGUUCUGUGGUUCGAGGGAGUGGAAUUGAGACACGUUACAAUGAAAAGCCAGCUGAUCCUAAACUAAUAGCCCAGCACAUAGCAAAACAGGUCAGAGAAAGUGCAACUAGAGACGUCGAAGCAAAUUUAUUCCGGUCAGAAUCAACAAGGUCAUAUAAAAAUGAUAUGCUGUUCAACGGACCAAGCUCCCCAGAAUUUAUCAACAGAGACACAAGGAGGUUCUCGUCGGAGAGGCUAAGAAAUAUAGGGAAAAGCGAAAUGCGCAUUGACCUUCCUGAGGUGACUUCUAGGAACUCGGCGCCACAUGCUUUAGUCAAUCACAGAGUUAGGCAAAAGCAAACAGAAGAUAAGUGUUCAAAUGCCACAAGCCAUUGGAAAGUUUCAAAAGGGGAAAAUGAAAUGCAAACAGGAUCUUUCAGGCAUGAUCCAGAUGACAAUGUGUUGUUCCAAAGGGACUUGUCCCCAAGAAACCUUGUAAGGUCCUUGUCUGCUCCUGUAUCAGGAUCAGGAACAUCGUUUGGGAAGCUACUUCUAGAGGAUCGCCACGUUUUAACUGGUGCACAAAUUCGAAGGAAGCUUGAAGCUGUUGAAACUAUUUCUGUUGAUGUUAAAAAACAGAAAAAGGAUAGAUUCAAUAUCAAAGAGAAAGUCUCCCAUUUUAGAUAUAGCCUUGGUCUAAGAGGGAGGCUUUUCGGAAAAAGGAUUCAAUCAAUGGUAGAAUCACAUGGCAAUGAAUAUGGUUCCAUGGUGAGAGAUGUCACCAGUGGACCGACAGUUCUAUUGACCUACGGCGAGAGGCAUGAGAACUCCACUGAGGUACCUCCUAGUCCUGCAUCAGUGUGCAGCAGUGUUCAUGAAGAAUUUUGGAAGCGAGCUGAAUACUUAAGUCCACUAUCAACUCCAGACGUUUCUUCGAGGGAUGACAACAUUGUUCCCCAGGUUUUCAGAGAUAUCAGCUCUGGUUUGAGUGAGCUAAGGAGACAGCUCAAUCAACUCGAGUCGAAUGGUUCCGACGACAUGACAACAAAACAGGAGCCUCUUGAAUCCGAGAUAGUUCAACUAGAGGAUCCAGCAGAAUCUUUCAUAAGAGAUCUACUAGUUGCCUCUGGUCUGUACUUUGGAUCAUGGGAUAAAUCUUUACUAAGAGGAGACUCAUUGGCAAAGCCUAUCGGUAACUUGGUAUUCAAAGAAGUGGAAGCAUCUGGCGAGAGAUCAAUCAACGAGAAUGACGAAGGUUCUAUAAAGGAUCGGAAUGAGAAUAUGAUAAACAAGAGGGUCUUGCUUGAUUUGUUGAACGAGGCACUUUCGGUUGUUCUUGGACCAUCUUUGACAUUAUCAAGAUUCAGAAGGAAAGUAAGCAACACUUCCAUGAUGAUGGCACCACCUUGUGGAAAAGAAUUGUUGAAAUCAGUGUGGGAAAUCAUCAGUGCUUCUUUGUAUCCGCAAUGUGAUGAAAUAUAUCCUUAUUCUCUUGAUGAUUUGGUGGCUCAACAUUUGGGCUCAGUCCCUUGGUCUGGAUUAGUAUCUGAAGAGAUCAAUGUAUUGGAAAGAGAUAUAGAAUGUAUGAUAACCAAUGAUCUGGUUGAAGAACUCACAAAAGACAUGCUCCUUUUUCGGCCUCAAUCGAACCAGCAGCAGCCGAGUCUUAUUACCAGGAAUUCGACUAACUCGAGCUGACUUGAUUGAGGCCCCAUGAAAAGAAGCAGAGGUUUCCUAACAAAGAAUUUACCAAUUUUGAAUUCUCGAAUUUGAGACUUUUGGUCAAGACAUUGGUGUAAAGGACAUAUUCUAAGAGAAUUUAGUGUGAGGCAUCACUUUGACAACACCAUCAACACAAUAAAGGGCUUUGCAGACAAGCCUUUUUCUGCAAAUGAUAAAUCUAUGCAAUUUGGAAGAUAAUAAGAGCUUGAUGAUUGAUAUAGUUGUGUGAGUGGAAUAUUUUACAUGAAUAUGUGUGUGUAUAUAUACAGAGUAUAUUAGUAUUUGACGUGAAUGUUUGUGACAGAGGAAGCAUUGAGUGGCGGUGAUAGUUAUUGUACAUGAGUGGGAAUGUAUUAUUUAGGCUAUUUUUUCUAAGCAAAAAAUUGAUUGAUUUAUUUAUGUAUAGUCUUAUAUAUUUUUAAAAUUUCAAAAUUGUGGGGUU